ACCAACUGAACCAUAGUCGCAAGUCACAACAACCCUAUAAAAGGAAACAGUCGUUUGAUCAAUCUUCCCGCCUCUGAGUAAACUGUAUAUAUCUCUCUCUGUCUCUGUAUCCUCGCAUCUUCUCUGUUCUAUCUUUAUUUCACAUACAAAAAUACAAAACAAAAUAACUAGAAAGAAGAAGAUGGAUAAGAAGAAGACAGGGAUAAGGAAAGAGAGAAUACCAGCACAGAAAGAAGAAGAAGGAACAGUGAGGAAAGGACCAUGGACUAUGGAAGAAGAUUUGAUCCUCUUUAAUUACAUCCUUAAUCAUGGUGAAGGUCUUUGGAACUCCGUCGCCAAAGCCUCUGGUCUAAAACGUACGGGGAAAAGUUGUCGGCUCAGGUGGCUGAACUAUCUCCGGCCAGAUGUGCGGCGAGGGAACAUAACAGCAGAAGAACAGCUUUUGAUCAUUCAACUUCAUGCUAAGCUUGGAAACAGGUGGUCGAAGAUUGCGAAAUAUCUUCCAGGGAGAACGGACAACGAGAUAAAGAAUUUCUGGAGGACAAAGAUUCAGAGACACGUGAAAUUUUCUUCGUCGGUAAAUACUAUUAAUACUCGUCAUUGUUCGGGAAACUCGCAGAGCUCGGUGAUAACAGCGACGGACCAAGGCAGCUCUAGCAAAGGCUUCGAUAUGGCUGAGAGCUUAAUCUCGCCGGCGACGACAACGACAUCGUUUCAUAUGAUGGAACAGUCAAACGACAGUUACUGGAACGUUGAAGAUCUAUGGCCCCUGCAGUUGCUUAAUGGUGACCACCAAGUGAUUUAAUUUUGGUCACAGUAGUUUAAAUGACUAUGCAUUUGCUAGUCCUACAUAUGAUGCCCGAUCUGAAUUUUUUUGUUUGUAUGGUACGUUCUUUGGUUUUUCCUAUUGCUGAAAUCUUGUUUCAUUUACCAAUCAUUUCUAAUGUUUCAUGCAAUCAUAUUAAUCUUCAA